UUUUUCAGCUUUCUUUUUCAUUUUUUGAGAAAAUACUUGUCGCGUACGCCUCAUUAACCACUGAACUUGACAAAACAACAAUAUCUGUGAAGCACCUUGACCGUGGCUUGCGCCCAGACUGUGUUGCCCAAUCGUAGACCUUCACGAAUCGAGUUAAGGUCUAAAGUGCAGAAGUGCUUGUCCCCGCGGUUCCAUUGGGCAAUGGUGUAGGACCGGCGCGGGCGCAGCUGACGGCACAGCCAGGACCACCGCUGAAAUGGACGUACGCCUUCUCCUGCUGUUCAGCCUCCUCACUGGCGCUGACUUCCAAGAGGCAGUGGAGGCGGAAUGUUGCUCCAACGAUGUCGAUGGCACGCAGCAGGAUACCGCAGACCAGACUACAGAGGUGGCAGAGUUCCAAGACCUGCUGGAGCUAGAAGCAGCAUGCCCCGAGCUGAGCGGUCAGAUCAUCGGCGGCAGGCCUAGCUCGGUCACCAGACACCCAUACCAGGUGUCCAUGGUGCUCAAUGGGAACUCUUUCUGUGGAGGGUUCAUCAUCAGCCCGAGCUAUGUCCUGACUGCGGCGCACUGUGUUCAGAAGUAA